AUGAUGAAUUCAUUGAUUACCAACAUUCCGCGUUUGGGUGAAACAAAGACUAAACCGAAAAUAGGCGAAAUACGCUUAACCACAGAUGGAAAACGACGUAAAAUAUUCGACGGUCAUUGUUGGCAAUAUUUGUGUGCAGGCGAUAUCAAUUGUCGAAUUCAAUCAAAGUUUACUUGUCGAUUACAUAAAAAUAUCACUCCAACUGACUCAUCACUAGAUAAAUUACCGGCGAAUAAAAUCGAUGGACUCAAAUUAGGUGAUAUACAAGCCUUGCCGAAUGGUAAUCGGCAGAUAUGGCGUGGUACACGAUGGUAUAACUUAUGUCAAGCCAAAAAUUGUUCUGUACAAGCCAAACAAUUUUGUAAAAUACAUCAAAACCAACGCAUCUCAUUACCAAACACAAACGAAUCAGUCACUGAAAAAUUUCGAUUGAAUUCUCGCACAAGAUCCUGUACCAUGACUAGCGAAAAAACGGAAAAAAAGGAGCACGAAGAAGUAGAACUAUCAAAUAACAUUUCGCCGGAAAUGACAACGAAUAAACGUGCUCGAUCCGAUGAAAAUAUUUCCGAAUCAACCAAUCCUACAGCAUUAGAAAAACCUGAAUUACAAACACGGAACGGUCGUCGUGUACGAUGCACUGGUUUGAUUUGGAAACACCUGUAUGCUGAUAGAAAGAAUAGUUUGUAUAAACGCAAAUAUACACGUCACAGCGCACCCGCAAAAAAGACCGAUUUAGUCAAUGAAACGAAUCCAGAUGAAUCUACUACAAACGAAUCAUUACCGUCAGAUACAAUUGAAUCAACAGUACAAACUAGUCCAAAGGCAAAAUUAGACAAGAGAAAGAAACGAAAACUUACAGAUGAUACAAACACAAGAGAACACAUCGUUCCAAAACGAUCGAACCACGAUCAAAGACAAAAAGAUGCCGAGAAACCAAUUAUUUUACAUCUCGAACCACAUUCAUCUAAUGCAUCGGUUUCUGAUAGUCCUAUGAAAGAUCAAUCGCUUGAUGAACCUGCUUUAGAAAAUGCGGAGAUCUCAUUUGCGUUAAAACCGAAUCGUCUCAACGCAACGCAUCAGUCGAUCGAAAUUCCUGUUCAACCUCCAGUACCAUGCAGUUAUGAUUCUUCUCCAGCAUCAAUUCUUGAACAAUUCGGAACAAUUAUAAAAAAAGAAGCAGUAGUUGAAGAAGAAUCAUUAAUCUGUGUUCCAACAGCAUACACAAUCGGUACUGAGGCUUCUACCUGUGAAACGUUACAAGACUUUUUACGUGCCGAAGAAAUGAAGACAAAGGAAUUCAAACUCGAUUGUCAACGUAUCAGUUAUCGUCUAGCUAAAAUUCAGGAUUGUAUUGGGAGCAUCACGACAUUAACUAGUUGA